AUGUUUUCACUCAAGAAUGUCCUUUAUUUCCAAGCUGGACUUGGAGUCCUAGCCAAUAUGUUUCUUCUUUGUUUCUAUAUUUUCAUCAUUCUAGGUCACAGACCUAAGCCUAUAGAUGUGAUCACAUGUCAACUGACCUUCAUUCACAUUAUGAUGUUCCUCACUGCAGGGGAUAUUGGGCUUAAAGACUUAUUUGAGACACUGAACAUUGAGAAUGAUUUCAAAUGUAAGGCAACUUUUUACAUAAGCAGGCUAAUGAGAGGCCUCUCUAUCUGCAUCACCUGCCUCCUGAGUGUGGUCCAGGCUGUUACUAUCAGUCCCAGUACCUCACCAUUGGCAAAAUUUAAACAAAAACUAAACAGAUACAUGAUGUAUACUUUCUUAUGUGUGUGGUCUUCCAAUAUAUCCUUUAGUAGUUACCAGAUCUUCUAUGUUGGUGGUUAUACCAACAUGAGUGAGACCAGCCAGAUGAAAGUUAGUCAAUCUUGCUUACUCUUACACAUGAACUACAUCAUCAGAGGAGUGAUUUUAACAGUGAUAACAUCCAGAGAUGUGUUUUUGGUAGGAGUCAUGCUGACCACAAGCACAUACAUGGUGAUUAUCUUGUUCAGACAUCAGAGGCAAUGCAAGCAUCUUCAUAUCAUUAGCCAGCUCAGAGCAUCUCCUGAGAAAAGGGCCACCAAGAUUAUCUUGCUGCUGGUGGUUUUCUUUGUGGUCAUGUAUUGGGUAGACUUUAGCAUCUCAACAACUUCUUUCCUGCUAUGGAGGUAUGACCCAGUCAUCCUGACUGUUCAGAAGUUUGUGAUGAAUGCCUAUCCCACAAUUACUCCAUUGGUACAAAUCAGCAUUGAUAAGAGAAUAAUCAUUAUGAUGAAAAAUUUGCAGUCAAAAUGCCACCAUAUAUGUUUUUAA